UUCCAGCUCCAGUCCCCGCAGAGUAAAAGUCACGUUGGGAGGAAAAGGGGAGAGAGAUAUCUACUUACAGCUGCUGUCAGAUAUCCGAUCGCAUUCGCAUGGCGAGGAGGUAACCUGAUCGAGGCUGGGAGGAGUGACUUUACAGGGAAGGCUUGAACAAAAAAAAUGUCUUCUUCUUCUGCCGGAGAAGUCACAACAGCAAAUGACAUCAAGAGGGAAAAUGUGAAGGAGUUGGAUACACGGGAGUGCAUCAAGCUUGUGGCGCUGGACGCGGCGGAGUUGUCCAUGGAGCGCACGACUCCCAACACGGACGCGGUGCGCACGGAGUUGCUGGUGAGCGCCGCUUCCUCCCUGGCUUUCUCCCCGGAGCAAGUGGCUUGUGUCUGCGAGGCUUUGCAGCAGGGAGGCAAUGUGGACCGACUGGCCAGGUUCCUGUGGUCCCUGCCACAGAGUGACCUGCUACGCGGCAACGAAAGCAUCCUGAAAGCCCAAGCCCUCGUUGCUUUCCACCAGGCUCGGUAUCAGGAGCUGUACAGUGUUUUGGAGAACCACAGUUUCAGCACGUCCAACCACACCUUUCUGCAAGAUCUGUGGUACAAGGCCCGGUACACCGAGGCGGAGAAGGCGCGGGGGAGACCCCUGGGCGCCGUGGACAAGUACCGGAUUCGGAGAAAGUACCCUCUCCCCAGGACUAUUUGGGACGGCGAGGAGACUGUGUAUUGUUUCAAGGAGAGGUCCCGAAAUGCGCUGAAGGAUCUGUAUAAUCAGAAUAGGUACCCCUCUCCCGCCGAGAAAAGAAAUCUCGCCAAGAUUACAGGACUCUCCUUGACCCAGGUCAGCAACUGGUUCAAAAACAGGAGACAGAGAGACAGAAAUCCGUCUGAGGCACAAUCAAAAAGUGAAUCUGAUGGAAACCACAGCACAGAGGAUGAGUCGAGCAAAGGCCAGGAGGACCUGUCUCCACGGCCCCUCUCUAACUCUUCAGAUGGGGUGAUCACCCAUGGGACCCUUCCCAUUCAAACAGGGCCUCUGGACAGUGGGGUGGUCAUCCAGCAGAUCGGGGACAUCAAGCUGCCCCCUGGCUCCAGCAGUGGCGGUCUCUACAACGGAAGUCUAGUGACCAGUAACACCUCUCCCACCGUGUUUCACAAUGGUGGCUCGUCUUACCUCCACACACCUGGAAACAUCCUCUUUAACGGGCUCAAUUUGGGCAUCCAACCCUUGGCCUUCAACCCUCUGAGGUCGUCUGGAGGGGUGCUGCUGGGGGGCUCGGGAGUGGACAUGCAGAUGCAGACAGGUCAGGAGAAGGGACUGGGCAGUUCCGCUGAGGACUCGACCCUGCAGUACGCCUCCUACUCCGGCUGUGUGAACGGAGCGGAGGUGAAGCUGGAGGGGGUUCACACCAUGGCUGCCCAGAACGGAGGCUCGUCUGUGCUCACGUUCAGCUCCUCUUCAGGUGCGCUGCAGCUGGGUGGCUACAGUCUGGUCCAGGUACCAAGUGGAGUCCAUGACAGUGAUGGCAGCUCACUGCUCAACAGCGAUGUAGGUCUUCCUCCACUGCAGCUCUCUUCUGCCUCGUCUUCCUCAGCAAUCACACAACAAGGUACCAUGCCUCUGAACAAUGUGGCAGUGAGUUCCUCCAAUGACGACUCGUUCCAGCAGCAGGACAAGCUGACUAUGACGUCCCUGCACCACAGCACAGUCCUCUACAACAUGAGCAACGCUGGCCAGCCGUCCAUCAAGAAGGAGCCCCUGGAGGGAGGCGUGUACUCCUCGUACCACCAUGGGCUCCACCUGGACCCCAGCGGGCAGCUCAGCUACACCACCCCCAACUCAGAAGAGGUUCCCUCCAGCCAAGGUGCCGCCUCAACCACCAAGGUCCCUGCUGUCAGCUCGUCCAGCCCUGAGCCAGAGGUCUACACCACCCUCACGGUCAGCACACCAUUGAUGGCCCAGACAGAUGCCAGCAGCCACCACCUCCAGCCCACAGAGUAUCUGGGGGGCCACGAAGUCCGGGGCCCAGUGUCCUCGCACCUCAUGGGCCCUAGCAUGAACAGCGACUACAUGAACCUUUCAGAGAACAAGGUGGGCAGCUCGGGGGGCGUGAACGAGAUGGUGCGGGGGAUGUGUGGAGAGUUGGAGGCCGUGGAGGGGAAGGAGCUAGCCAAACUACAGACAGUGCAGAUGGAGGAGGACAUGGCUGACCUUUAACCUCAAAU